AUGAGUUACCGUGGCGCCCUGUUGCACCUGUUCUGGCGGCUCUUCACCAUCUCGUCCCGGGUCCUCUCUCUCGCUCUGUUCGCGUCCCUCUUCCACAUCUACUUCGGGAUCUUCGUGGUGGUGCACUGGUGCGCCAUGGCGUUCUGGGUGGUGCACGGCGGGACAGACUUCUGCAUGUCCAAGUGGGAGGAGGUGCUGUUCAACAUGGUGGUGGGCAUCGUCUACAUCUUCUGCUGGUUCAACGUGAAAGAGGGGCGGACCCGGCACAGGAUGGUGGCGUACUACAGCGUGGUGCUGGCCGAGAACACCCUCCUCACCGGCCUCUGGUACGCCUACAGAGACCCCGCUCAGACCGACUCGUACGCGGUCCCGGUCCUCUGUGGGGUCUACCUCACCUUCGCGGGGGGAGUUCUCGUCAUGUUGCUGUACUACGGCUUCCUGCACCCGGCCACCGCGCACCUCCAGCCAAGCCCCGCCUCCUCCUGCUGCGCCCAGCUCCUGUGGGGGCUGCCCUUACCGCCCUCGGCCCCGCCCACUGCCCCGCCCACUCCUGCUCACAUGACCAAAUCACAGACAGAGGAGGAAGUGGCCGAGUCCUGUCUGCCCGUGUUUCAGGUGCGGUCGUCACCCCCCGCUUCCAAACCCGAGGGCCCUCUCAUCAAGAUCGACAUGCCCAGGAAGAGGUACCCGGCCUGGGACGCUCACUACGUGGACCGGCGCCUGCGGAGGACUAUAAACAUCCUGCAGUACAUCACCCCCGCGGCCGUGGGGAUCCGCUACCGGGACGGCCCGCUUCUGUACGAACUGCUGCAGUACGAGUCCUCCCUCUGA